ACUCAACAAAAGAAUCACUCCCACCGCAGAAGCCGGCAUUUUCUUUUUCGCUAGGAAAAAUUGGAAAAAAUUCUAAAAGUCAUUUUAAACAAAGGAAAUCUUUACAAUUAAAUAUUUAAACUCCUUCGUGAUAGCAGAUCUCAUUAAACAAUAAGAAACAUGUCUGUUUGGAUGCCAUUGGAAUCGAAUCCCGAUGUAUUGACCAAAUACAUACACAAAUUGGGUGUUUCCAAUGAAUGGGCCUUAACUGAUGUGGUUGGCUUGGAGCCUGAAAUGUUGGAAUGGAUACCAAAACCAGUAAAAUCUAUUAUAUUGUUAUUCCCCUGUUCCGAUAUUUAUGAAAAACAUCGUGCUGAGGAACACGAACGUUUGGCGGCCGAAGCUCAAGAAAAUCCUACGGAUUUGUUUUAUAUGCGACAAUUAACCCAUAAUGCCUGUGGUACUGUGGCUUUAAUUCAUAGUAUUGCCAAUAACAAGGAUAUUACUUUGAAUGAUGGUGCUUUGAAAAAGUUUUUGGAAACUGCAAAAGAACUUUCGCCCGAAGAGAGAGGCAAAUCUUUGGAAAAUGAUGUCGCUAUGACUGAAGAUCAUCAGGCUUUAGCUCAGGAAGGUCAAACUGCUGCUAAUCCUGAUGAAAAAGUCUAUCAUCAUUUCAUUGCAUUGGUCAAUGUUGAUGGUACUCUGUAUGAAUUGGAUGGACGCAAGUCGUUCCCCAUUAAACAUGGCGCCACUACUGAUGAAUCUUUUGUACAAGAUGCAGCACGCGUUUGCAAAGAAUUUAUGGAUCGUGAUCCUGAAGAAUUGCGUUUUACCGUCAUGGCAUUAGCUGCUAAUCAAAAUUAAGAAAGUUUUGCUUGAAUUAACCAUUAUUAAUGUUGCUUUAAUGCAUUUUUUAUAACUUUUAUAUGUUUAUACGAGAUUUUGAUAACCUCUUUAAAAACGCUUAAAUGCCUUUAUGCUUUAAUUUAUCUUUUGUCUGAAUUCAACUGUGUUUUUUU